CAGACCGACCGACCGCGUUUCACUGCACAACUAGCACACACCUUUUACAGUUUGCGAUGCACUACGAAGACAUUUUACACCACAUUGGCCAAUUUGGCAAAUACCAAAAGUGGAUUAUUGUGCUCCUUUCCAUGGUGCAAAUCCCAACGGCAUUUCAUUUCAUAGCUCAGGUUUUUCUAGCGGCCAACACCGACCAUUGGUGCGUGAUCCCUGCCGGUCAGGCCGUCAACUGCAGCCUGCUCCAGCUGGACUCGGUGUCUGCCUGUCAGGAAGCGCAGAAGAACCAGAGUAUCCCGUACGAGUUGGACUCCCAAGGAUGCCGAGUUUACUCCUCGUGUGAGCGGUACGUGUUCGAUGAUGAGGAAGACGGCGACCAAGCUACCAACUCGACGGAUGUCGUCGCCUGUGAUGCUGGCUGGGAUUUCGACCGAUCGCGCUACAAAUCCACCAUCAAUGAAGAGUUUAGUCUUGUGUGCGACAGAGAAUAUCUUGUGGGUCUCGCCCAGUCAGUCUGGUUUGCUGGUGUACUGACGGGGUCCUUAGUCUGGGGUUCGGUGGGUGAUUGGCUGGGUAGAAGAAAGACUCUCAUCCUCAGCCUAACCCUGGUCUCCAUCUCAUCCAUUGUGACGACCUUCGCCCCUAGCUUCGCUGCUUUUACCGGCCUGCGUUUCGUUACGGCUGCCUGUGCAUACGGGGCUUUCCUUAUGAGUUUUGUCAUUUCUACGGAGAUAGUUGGACCUAACAAGCGUGUGCUGGUGGGAACUGUGGCGGCUAUACACUUCGCCAUUGGCUACGUCAUUCUGUCCGUGUUUGCAUACUUUAUACGGGACUGGCGCUACCUGCAAUUAGCGAUUUCGCUUCCGUGGCUCGCGUUGUUCCCACUCGCAAUUCUGCCUGAAUCUCCACGCUGGCUGAUAUCCAAGGGUCGCUUCAAGGAAGCCGAGAAAAUCAUCACAAAGAUCGCCAAGGUGAACGGCACCAAGGUCCCGGACAACCUGUUUGAAAAUCUCGAGAACCUCCAGGAAAAUGAAAGGGAUCCGAAGCCAAGCUCCGUUCAUCGGACAACCUUCUUGGAUCUUUUCCGAACACCAAACAUCCGCAAGAAGACACUGAUUAUCUUCUUUAACUGGUUUGUGGUCAACAUGGUGUACUAUGGGCUAUCCCUCAGCACCUCCUCACUGGGCAUAGACGACUACGUGGCCGCCUUCGUGUCCGGUGCCUUAGAGGUACCAGCCCUCCUUUUGAACUGGUUCGUCAUGGAGAAAUUCGGCCGACGAUUCUCCCUCUCAGCUCUCUUUGUGUCCGGAGGCGUCUUCUGCCUGAUAAGCAGCUUCGUUCCUCUCGGUGCUGGCCGGGUCGCGGUUGCUAUGAUUGGCAAGUUCGCUAGCACAGCGGCCUUCAAUCACGUUUACAUCUACAGCAGUGAGCUCUAUCCGACGGUCAUCAGGAGUAUUGGUAUGGGAGCAUCUUCCAUGACAGCCCGCAUCAGUGGGGUUCUUUGCCCCAUCAUCUUGAUCCUAGGCAAGUACUGGCAACCCCUGCCUCUCUGUGUCUUCGGAGGCAGCUCCGUUCUGGCCGGGAUGCUGUCUCUGAUGCUGCCGGAGACCUUGGGUUGUGACAUGCCGGACACGAUACAGGAUGGAGAGGAAGCCGAGAUGCGUCCCGGCCUCCGUCUGUGCUGCAAGAAAGAUCUUGAAGACGACAUUGACUCGAAACCUCCCCAGAACUACCUGCCACUAUCAAAAACCAACAAAUCUCCGACUGAGCCAGUGGCAAUCUGAGGUCUGAAUGGAGUUACUUCCUCUCAAUAUUCCAUUUUGAAUAUGAAUAAAACUGCCUCAAGCUCACUGACUGGAUUGACCUGAAUUAUACAGAUCAACAAAUUAGAGUGGCCUGAUAUUUCAUCCUUAUAGCACGGACUUCUUCGGAGGCAAAUGACAGAGCAACAAGAAACAAACAUGUAGGGGACACACAAAUCUUCCUUUUUGGUCAUUUUCUUAAUUGGUUUAUUGGUUGAGAAUUGCUUUAAUUUGUUAACUCAUUAUACAACUUACUGAUUUUGAAAGAAGCAACAAACCACCGUUUGCAACUUUUUUUUAUUCCAUAACCAGCUUCCUAUAUAGUGAUUUAAUUUUCUGAAAAUUAAAACGUGACGGUUAAAAACCAAAAGCAUGUUUACUACGUAAUUAUGGAAACUUCUGUACUAUUCCGAAACAUUAUUUCAUUUCAGUUUAUCUAAUUACCACUGAAAAAAA